UCGAGCGCUGCAUGGGCGUUCCCUCUGCUGGACAACAAGGAAGCAGGAUGGAAACUUGAGAAGAUCUGACGACAGACAGAAAACAGACGGAAUCCUCAGCGUUAGCGUCCAUGUUGGUGCCGCCAUGGUUCUGUGGCAGAUCCACACCCUGGACCACCUGGACACGUCUGGCUUCGGCCGUCCUUUUCCUCGCCACGGCCUCCAGCUGCUGUUUUGGUUCUCCAACCACUGCGUGACCUUUGAACCGGACAACUCUGGGGACGUCAUGAAGCUGGUGUCGGGGUGUCAGCCGGAGAACGGGGCUUACGGAUUCCACAGGUUUGGGAACAUGGAGGAACUUCUGCCUGUUCUCCACAAACCCAAGAAGAACAAGAGCAGCAGGCAGCUGCUUUACUUCGUGGUCGGGAACCUGAGCACCCAGUCCUACCCGCAGUCCGCCGACCUGCCGGCGUUCGUCCGGGAGAACCUCGGGGCGGACGGCGUCUCCAACAGCGACCGCAUCAUCAUCAGUUACCAGGUGAAGACCCGGCUGGUGGGCAAGGUCUACGUCACGGAGCACGACGACGCUGAUGUUGGAGGGUUCCGAUCCGACGGAACUCAUGAGGUCAGCUCACAACUGAUCCGACUUCUGCAGAACCCGCAGCUGGACCUCAGCUCCCUCCUCACUCAGAUGGGUUACUAUGACGACGUAGAGAUGCUCCAGGACGCACAGGACCCUUCGGUCCAGAUGAUGCUGAGCAUGAUGCAGAACGAUCCAACCGGGUUCUUCUCCCAGGCCUUCAGUCGCCAGCUGGACCUGGACCGGUUCUGCUCCAGCACGAACCCAGACGGCAGCGGGAGCCUGAUGUGUUACACCACCCUGCAGAAGAAGAAGAAGAAGAAGAAGAAAAGCAGCAAGAAACUAAAACGUCUGAGGGAACUUUCCUGGCGCUCCAGCUGGUCGGAUCCGUAUCGAGAUUAUUAUGAAGAUUGCUGGAUAAGAUCCAGUUAUGGAUCUGGAGGCAGCUAUGGAAAAGGCGGCGGAGGCGGAUUUUCCUGGUUCCUGAAACUCGUCCUGAAAGCCGGAGCGCUCUACCUGGCAGCCAGAUGUUUGUUCUGGUUAGUCAGGAACAUCUGGAGAUCUAACUGGAUUGACAAGCUCCUCCAGCGGAUUCCAGGCUGGAUUUCUCUGUAUCCCAGUUUUCCCAGGUUUCUCAGUUUUCCACGCACUCACAUAAUGCUGGACUAUGUUUACUAGACUUGUCAAGACUUUGACUAGGACUAUUUCUGAGUUCCUGCUUCAAAUGAUGCUGGUUGGAGAUUCAAGCUGAAGACUCAGGAUGAGGAUUUUAAUGAUUCUAAAGAGAUUUUAUGGUUUAAUUAAGGAAUAUGAUUUUUUUGUAUCUUAUACUGAAAAUACCAAAUGUCUGAAACUAAAAUGUUUUUGUAGUUUUUUUGUUAUUAAAAAGCUCCAAGUCCUCAUUGAGGGACAUCAAAGGAACAAGUCACUCUACCUUGAAAAGGGAACGGGUUCAAUUUUUAAUUAAAUGACUUUAACAUUUUUAAGUGUUUGAAACAAAUGACCAAUAAUCACCAAUAUCUGCACUGAAGAUUUGCUUUCAGCUUCUACGUUUCUCAUAUUUGUCAGUAAUGAAGGAAAUUUGUGAAGAACUGAGACUGAAUUUAUGAAUUAAAGUAUUUUUUGCGGACUUGUUGUUUUCUGUGUUGUUUCUGCAGCAAACAAAUGAGCGAUCGGUCAGGCUGUUUCAGCAUCGAUCAGCUUCCAGCGCAGAAACGCUCAGAAAGAUGCAGGAAAAAGAGGUUAGAAUCUGUUUACUGACAACAAUCCUGGGAGGUUUGGAAAGCUCAGUUUCUAUCCCAGCAGUGGAUUCAGAAACGGAUGGAUACAAACUGUUUCUUGCAGUUCUUGCUGUCAGGUUUUCUCUCAAAGGAGAAAAUGUCUCCUUGGUAAUUUGAACUGGUUUGGGCUCUUAAACCCCAAGACUAUUUUUUUCACAUAAAAUGUUUAAAUUGAUCUAUUUUUAUGUUUCUGUGUGUAUUCUGACAUUUUUGUAUAAAUUUGUUUAAUUCUACUAUAUUUGGCCUAAAACCGUCUCAGUGCUGCCCUCUUUGGGUUUAUCGGUGAUACUGCAGUCGCUUUGUUUCCAACGGCGCGUUUUGUCUGUUUACGUCACGUCACUCAGACACGCCCCCUGGUGGAGAGUCAGGAGUUAGAAUGUGGUGACAGCGUCUGAUUUAUAAAAGAUUAAAUGUUUUCUGUGAGCUUUAUUGUGAAAGUGCUAAUAGCUAACUGCUUAUUUAUGUAUUGAUGACUAAUAAUUUAAAUGAAUAAUUUUGUCACCCGCUGACUGUAAAACAGGUUUUGUUAAAUAAAAAAAUGAAAAAUGAUCAAACUUGAA